AUGGGCGGUUCGGUUAGUCAAGUGUUCCGAUCCGGCAGCGCACUGCUUUCGAACCGCGAUGGACACAAAGUGUCGGAAACGACGGUAGAAAAGGUGAAUACAAUCUUCGACGCACUCAGGGCAAAUCCAAAGAUAUCGAUUCAACGGUUAGAGCCACUAUUGCUGCAAAUACCGAAGUACGAAAACAUUCUUGCGAUACACGAUGAAACAGGAUACAAUUUGCUACAGAAAAGCGUAGGACUUAAUCAUGUAGAAUUAGCUAGGUGGUUACUUCAAAGACAUCGUCCGGAUGUAAACCGAAGCUCGUGUUCAUUACCAUUACAUAUAGCCUGUUUGAAAGGUUAUGAAGAAUGUGUUGAACUGCUACUUAAACACGGUGCGAGAAUAGAUACCGAAGCUAGGAUGUGCUUUCCCGGUGCACAUUCGCACAAUUGCGAAGAAAGUGGGAAAUACAAAAAUCAAGGUGACGAUGUAGGUGUUUGUGAGCGUCCCAACACUAAACUACAGAACGCCGUAUGCUAUGCAAUCGAUGGUGAUCAAAUCAACGUACUGAACAUUCUGGCACAGAAGAUGGAAGAACCAUGGAUGCCAUUCCGGGUGCGAAAGCCACUGUUGCACAUUGCCUGCGAACGUGGUGCCUGGAAGUGUGUGCAGCAUCUCGUGCAGACACGCUCGGACGAAAUCAAUCUGAUCAAAGACGAGUACUACCCGAUUCACCAAGCAGUGCUGCACGAUGGACGGUUUCUGGAAUUGCUCAUACAGCACGGUGCCAUCACGACAGUGCGUACGUGCACUCAACAAAUGACACUGCUGCAUGUUGUGAUACUGGCGGCCAGGAAAUCAGCGGAAGACACCUUAAACACAAUCCGCAUACUGCUGGAGCGUGGAUGCAAAGAACUUAUCAAUAGUCCCGAUUCAUUGGGCAAUACACCGUUGCACGCAAUCAUCGUACGGUAUGCGCUAGAGGAAGCUAGAUAUGGGUACGACAAAUGGAACAAAUGGGACGUACUGCAUCUGGUGCGUUUUCUGCUUCAGAACGGUGCUAAGAGUUCAAUCAAUCAAACAGGUAACAGUGCAUUGGCCUGCGUCUUUCGCCACAUUCGAGACUGGGAGGUAUGCUACGAGUUGUUAAACAUGCUUAUCAAAGAAGGAGGAGAUCCCAACAUUGUCGGCCGCGAUGGCUCCGUUCCUAUAAUGGUUUGUUUGGUGCCACUCAUCAACAAGGAUCCGUUACAUCAUUUCACACAUUCAAUGAAGGUUUGCUAUUUGAACUGUAUUCGAAUAUUGUUACAAAACGGUGCCAACCCGAACUGCUCCUACCGUUCCAACCUAACACCGUUGCAUGUGCUCAUCUUUACCGUCUCAGAGAACUUUACGCUUAACUGUGAUAUUCAGAAGCGCGCCAAUUUUGAUUUCAUCAAAAACAUUCUCCUGUUGCUGUUGCAGUACGGACUCGACUGCAACAUCACCUCCCAGCACAUUCUCCAGUCCGUGAUCGAUAUGAUCGUUAAUGUGCGCACCUGUCCGGAUAUUUUAUGCGUGUACGAGCUGUUACUGUUGCUGAUCCAGUACGGGACCGAUCCGAACGUUUCGCUCAGCAACAAACUAAUGACGAACGGUGCGAGCCCGUCCAAUGGGAACGAAAAUCUGCGCAGUUCGUUCCGCAAUAAUGCGCGUAAUUAUUUGCUGUUCUAUUACAUUAUGCUGAUCACGCGCAAGGAAUUUAUACUGCUCGAUCGUGAACAAACGUACCAGCGCAUAAUCUAUCUGUUCUACUACUCGAUGAAGCACGAACCUUUGUUUAACUGUUUGAAAACGUUGCACAAUUUGCUCAUCGCACAGGUACCGCAUCGUUCGAUCGACAAUCUGCGCCACCUGAUCAUUACGCUGUACAAAAAACCACGCAGCCUGAAGCAGCUGUGCCGCGUGUGCAUCUACAACAGUUUGGACAAGAAGCUGGCACCGAGCAUAAACCGGUUAAAUUUGCCCGGUCCGUUGAAGGAGUACGUGAUGAAUUUCGAUAAGUAG